AUGGACACUGAGUCGACCCACUCGGGCUACUCCUAUCACUCCAGCCGAUCCGGGAGAUCAAACCGACAUGGAGAUCGAAGCCGUGAGCGGCACAAGGCCAGCAGCAGUAAAGACAGCAGUCGCUCAGAGAGGUCUGUCGUUAUCAAUCCCCCUGAUACGCCCUCUCAAGAUUCCCCUGUUCAUAACGGAGAGCCACUGCCAGGAGAACCCACACCAGCAGCAGAUCAAGGAGACGAGGGCCAGGAUGAUAACUGGGGAGAAACCACCACCGCAGUGACUGGCACCUCAGAGCUGAGUGUUUCCCAAGAGGAGGUGGUUGGCCUGGGGAAGGGCAUACAGGACCGGACCCAAGGCUUCCGCCGCUAUCUUCCCCUGACCGUGGGCCUGUGUGCGGGGCUGGUUGUGGUGGCCACACCCCUGGUGUUCUUGCUUCUUCCGGCGAUAAUGUGGCCAGACAGACUGCAAGCCUGUGGAGCAGCCUGUGAGGGCCUCUUCCUCUCUAUCUCCUUUAAGCUCCUCAUCCUCCUAAUAGCAAUUUGGGCCCUGUUUCUCCGCCCAGGCCGUGCUAGCCUGCCAAGAGUGUGUGUGUACCGUGCCUUCCUAACCACACUCACACUACUACUCACCAUGUCUUAUUGGCUAUUCUAUGGGGUCCGCAUCCUCGAUGCACAGGAUGAGGACUACCAUGGUGUUGUCCAAUUUGCCGUGUCCCUGGUGGACUCACAGCUGUUUGUCCACUAUCUGGCUGUGGUGCUACUGGAGCUCCGCCACCUCCAACCCUGCUACAGUGUGUGCGUCAUCCGCUCCACUGAUGGAGAGACACGUCACUACAAUAUAGGACAGCUCAGCAUUCAGAGGGCUGCUCUGUCCAUUUUGGAGUAUUACUACAGAGAUUUUCCGCUUCAUAACCCAGCCCUUCUUUCGGCCUCCAAGCACCGAGCUGCCAAACACCUCGCAGGGUUAAAGGUCUACAAUGUAGACGCCCCAGGGAACACAGCAGGGGCGCAGCCUGGUAAUGGGAAUCAGUCGCGGGCAAUGGUUGCAUCUGCUGCCAAACACAAAGACAGCGCCCACAAUGAGCUGUACUAUGAAGAGGCCGACUACGAGAGGAGAGUCCGCAAACGUAGAGCCAGGCUGGUGGUGGCUGUGGAGGAAGCAUUCACACAUGUUCGGCGCAUGAAGAAAGAGGAUGAGCGUGCUACUCCAUCUGACAUCAUGGAUGUCAGAGAAGCAGCUCUGGCCAUAUUUCCCUCUAUGGCCCGUGCCCUGCAAAAGUACCUCCGCACCACCAGGAGGCAGCACUGCCACAGCAUGGAGAACAUCCAGAAGCACCUUGCAUUCUGCCUCAUCAAUAACAUGAGUCCCAAGGCCUUCCUCGAGGCCUAUCUGGCCCCUGGUCCAACCCUGCAGUACGGUUCUGAGCGCUGGAUGGCUGACCAGUGGACUUUGGUGAGCGACGCAUCUGUAACUGGCGGCAUAAAGGAGGGGACAGAGUUCCUGUUGAGGUGUCUCGACUUCAGCUUAGCCAUCACCGUCAAGGGCAUCCCUUACAUCCGACUGACUGAGGAGUACAUCGACCCCAAAUCGCACAAGUUUAUACUGCUGCUCCAAUCAGAAACCUCAGUUUAACAGACCCAGUGUGCUGGUGCCGCUUUUUCUGGACUUACAUGACUGUUACAAUUACUCGACUGAAUUUUUUUCAAAAAUAGCUUUUUGUACUG